AUGAUUCUCCCAGCUGAUGAAACACUGGCCGUGUCCAGGAACUUCUUCUUACCGCCUACUAGCGGAGCCAACACUAUUGAUGUGAACAAGAUCCAGACGACAAAGCUCUUACAAGAUGCGCACAUGCUACAACAAGUUCAACAGUCUUACGAUAUUGACCAAUUCUUAAACAAUCCAUCGCCCGUCGAUGAGACGGUCAUCAACUUUGCCGACAACAUUACUCAAGCGCUAGGCGACGCGUUGCGAUCUACACCUUGUGGAUAUUCUUCAUCAGUUGCUCACACACCAAAGAGAUCUCACCGUCGACCCAAGCGACUGUCGCGACAAAACACCGCCAACUCUACCUCCUCUGUAGGAGGAAGCUCUGUGUCUAGAAAGUCCAAGCGCUGUUACCUAUGCGGCGUGACUGAUACACCACGCUGGCAAGAGUCUGGCUUCGGGAGUCGUUUGUUCUGCAAUGUUUGCGGGCUUCUGCACUCCAAGAAAUCCAUUGUUCGAAAGCAUCUUGCCCAGUCCAGCCGUGGAGAUUCCAUGUCAACCACUGACAGCGCUUGGCCAUGA